AUGAUGAAGACCAGCCUCAUGCGGCAAGCGGCUGUUUGCCGCGCCGCCCUCACUUCCCUUCCGGGCCGUGCCACCUUCAGGGCAUCACCGGCGGCAGCUUUGGCCUUACCUCGCUCUUCUGCGACGUUUUAUCGCCCCUCUACCUUUCUCAUCCGUUUCUACGCGACCGAGCAAGCCGCCCCCUCUCGGGAGUCCAACCCUGAGCCGCCUACUCUCAUCACUCGCUUCGAGGAUCUCCACACCCUGGGCGUCAAUGAGCGUCUCAUUCAGUCUAUCACUAAGGGCAUGCGUUACGAGACCAUGACGGAGGUCCAGUCCAUGACCAUUAAUCCCGCCCUUCGCGGCAAGGACGUUGUUGCUCAGGCCAAGACUGGUACCGGCAAGACAUUGGCCUUCUUGGUUCCCGUUAUUCAGAGGAUCAUUGAGGCUCAGCCGGAACUCGAGAGGCCCUCGAGGAAAAGAGCCACGGCCGACGAUAUUCGUGCCAUUGUUAUCUCGCCCACCCGUGAGCUGGCUGAGCAGAUCGGCGAGGAGGCAAGGAAGCUUGCCCGCAAUACUGGCGUCAGGGUCCAGACUGCCGUGGGUGGUACUCAGAAGAAUGCCAUGCUGCGCAAGACCCGCGCUGAAGGCUGCCAUCUCCUCAUUGCCACUCCGGGCCGUCUGAACGAUCUCCUGUCCGAUCCUACCAGCGGGAUUGCGGCUCCCCGCCUAGCUGCCCUCGUCCUGGACGAGGCUGACCGCAUGUUGGAGGUCGGCUUCAAGGCCGAACUCGAGAGCAUUGUCUCCCUCCUCCCCGAUCGCAACACCGUCCCUCGUCAGACUCUCCUCUACUCGGCCACGCUGCCCAAGAAUGUAGUCAACAUUGCCCGCACCUAUAUCAACCCUGCCAACUUCGAAUUUGUCCAGACUGUGCGGCCAGAUGACACCCCGACACACGAAAGGGUUCCCCAGUUCAUCGUCCCUUGCCGUGGCUUCGAGAACUUGCCUGCGACCCUCCUUGAGCUGGUGCGCCGCGAGCUCAAAGCUUCUUACGAGGACAAGACCAAGAUGCCCCUGAAGACCAUCGUCUUUCUGCCGACUACCGCCUCCGUUGUCUGCUACGCCAGCAUGUUCCGCCGCAUCGCCUACCAGGAUAAGGAUCUGCCACCCAUCUAUGACAUCCACUCCAAGUUAUCCCAGUUCGAACGGAGCCGCAACUCGGAUAACUUCAAGCGCGCCCAGUCUGCCAUCUUGUUCUCGUCUGAUGUCACUGCCAGAGGCAUGGACUUCCCCAACGUCUCGCACGUCAUCCAGGUCCACCUGCCCAGCAACCGCGAUCAGUACAUCCACCGUAUCGGCCGUACCGGUCGUGCUGGUAAGGAGGGCCAAGCCUGGCUGCUUGUUUCGGACAUUGAGAUCCCCGCCGCUCGCGACAUGCUUCCUGGUCUCCCCAUCAAGCGCUUUACCGAGCUCUCCGGCGCUGUGGUUGAUGUGAAGAAGGCGGAGGAGAGCGAGCUACCCAAGGAGUUCGUCGAUAUCACCAACGCUGCGCAGAAGCUCCCGUAUGAGAUCAUUUCCGAGACCUACAGGUCCUUCCUCGGCGGAGCCCUCGGUGAUACGGACCGCCAGGAUGUCGUCAACGAAAUCAACAGCAUGGCUAAGCACACCUUCGGCCUGGAGGAGCCGCCUGCCAUUUCGCCCCGCCUCUUGGCUAACCUACCGCGUGGCAUCAAAGGCCUGCGCUUGGCUGAUGCCAACGAAGGCCGCUUCCGCAACAGCAUUGGCAACCGUGGAGGUCGGUUUGGCGGCCGUAACGAACGUGACGCUGCCCCCCGCAAGCCGAGAGACGCCUGGGAGGCAAUGGAGAUGGCUGGCGCUCAGGAGAAACGCCGCCCUACGCGCGCUCGUGCCACUUUCUGA